CACACCCAACCUCCCCAUUACUCUAACCCUAAGCCCAACUAAGUCCCACGUUACCUACUAUGCCUUACUCUCGGUCUCAAUUUUUCCUUUAACAACGUUCCGUUCAAAGCAUUGCAGCUGCGGCGGCGAUUAAUAAUUUGGUCGGCGGCGAAUAAUAGCAACAGCAACAAGAAAGAGUUCGCUUGCUAUCACCUGAAUUGGUUGGUGACGCUUCUACAAGGGCUGAGGAACUAUUCUGAGCUCCCUUCAAUCCAAAUUCCAACAGAUUUCUCAUGGCUGGUUCAAGACGAGGUGGAUACGGUGGACAAGUUAGUCGUGGUAAUGGACAUGGUAGGGACUCAGUUGCAAGUUCAUCUUUAGCAAAACAACUUCAAUCUGCUACUGAAGCACCACACGUAUCUGGAGCUCUAAUGAAACGACCAGUUACACAAGCACCACAAGCAACUGGAGCACAAACGGAACGACCUGCUACUGAAGCACCACAAGCAACUGGAGCACCAACCAAACGGCCUACUUCUGGAGCAUCACAAGCAGCUGGAGCAUUAAGGAAACGACCUGGAAACCACCAAGCGUCAUCUGGUAAUAACGAAACUAUAUCACAAGGGUCAAAUGUGCGUGGAAAAACUUGUAGCCAAGGUGCACGGAAAGCAAUGAAAAGUGCCAAGACAAGAUUGACGGUAGAGUUUGACUUUGACCUUCAGAAAGCAAUAUGCGCUAAUGCAGAGGCUUUCAAUAACGAAAUUGGGUAUAUUGUCCGAACGCAAUGUGACUUAAAGUUUAAAGAAUGGAGGUUUGUAACAGAAGCAGUGAGGGCACCACUUCGUUAUAAACUUCUUACAUUAUUUGAUGUUGAUUUGGAAAAUGAGAAUGUAAGGAAAUGCAUUGAUAAUCAAAUGCACACAGCAUGGCAUGGGUACAGACACACAUUACGUUUGUACUUUAAAGAAGUUGGAGGUGCCAGCGAUUUAGCAACAGCAAAGAGUAAGCCUCCUGAGGACAUCAACAGUCUAGAUUGGGAUUAUCUAUGUGAUUUGUGGAGCGACCCUGCUUAUCUGGAAAGAGCUCUUAGGAAUGCUGAAUCACGCAAAAAGAGAAAAUACAAUUCCAGGAAUGGUUCUAAAAGUACAGCUCGUCAUCACGUUAGUCGUGGAGUUGAUCUAGAUGCUCCAGUUGGACAUAUUGAGACAUGGCGCCUCCGUCAUUGGCAUCCAGAGCGUGGUUGGAUAUCUCCAGAAGCAGAAUCUAAAUAUGAAGAAAUGAUGCAACUGAGAAGAGAUAACCCACCUGAGAAAUUGACUGAUAAGCAAAUAUUAGAAAAUGUGCUUGGCCGACAAUCUGUUCGGUUGUUUGGUUGGGGGCGGUCUCCCUCUGGAUCUAAAAGAAGUAAAAAUGACUCAAACCUCCCUACCUAUAGUGAGUUGGUUGGCACAGUUGAAAUGAUGAGGAAAUUGUUGAUCGAGAAGAACAUCAUUCCACCGAUGCCACAAAUUGCAUCAGAUCAUUGUUCAGGAGCACACAAUCGCGACUCAUCAUCUGUUGGUCGAGAUCAGCCUAUUGAUGGCUAUGUUGAUUCUACUUCUGAAUUUGAUGAUCCCGAGUAGAUGUUGCAUUGAGAUCAGAGGACGUAAUACAUUAUUUAUUUAAGUGCAUGACACUGGUUACUAUGUAGUGGCGUAAAACUUGUUUUCCUUUAUUUGGUGUUGUUAUUGAAGACUAAAUUCUCAUGGAGGAUACUUACUACUAGUAUUAUGCAUUGUCAAUCUAGCUACCAACAUAAUUUUGA